AUGGAAGAUUGCGAAUUCUGGCGUCCACUUGCCCAAACCUUCAGUUGUUACGCUGUCACUCAGAUCAAGUCAUUCAGCAGUGCAUUAAAUACGGCAGCAUUUCAAAUUAGUUGGAUUAUUUUAAAUAAGAAAGAGCAAAUAUUUAAGAGGAAUUUAUUUAUAAAUAAUGGCUUUUAUUGCAUUGUGAUGCUAAAUGACUAA